AUGUCCGGGGACGAGAAAGGGGUGGUUGUGAUGGGGGCACCCCAAGGCUCAGCUCCCAUGACAACCACCGUGAUCAACAUCCACAGCGAGCCCCCCAUUCGCGACCAUGUCAUCUGGUCCCUGUUCAACACGCUCUUCAUGAACUGGUGCUGCCUGGGCUUCGUGGCAUUUGCCUUCUCCGUGAAGAUGGGUGGGUGCUCUAGGGACUGGAAGAUGGUGGGUGAUAUGACUGGGGCCCGGAGCUACGCGUCCACUGCCAGGAGCCUGAACGUUGCUGCCUUGGUCCUGGGCGUUGCUGUGACUAUCGUUUUCAUCGGUAUUUUCGCUGCUAGCGCUAGUGUCAUUUACUACCAGAUUUCCGGGCAUCCGGACGGUGACAUCUAG